GCCGAGCGGCCGGCCGAGCCCCGCCGAGGCCCGAGCCCACCCGAGCGCGCCCGAGCCCGCGGCCCCCGCCCGGGGCGAUGGAGCCAGAGCCCGGCGGGGCGGCCGCGGCGCUCCUGCGGCAGAAGAGGGCGGCGUUGCGGCGCAGGGGGUGCAGCUUCGAGAGCCCCAGUGCCUUUCCCAACUCCUCCUGCUUCGGUCCCGCGCCGCAGCCUCCAGGCCCACUCAUGGACCCGCUGACGAAGACGGCCUGCGGGAGUCAGAUGGCACAGACGCUCCUCUGGAAGGCCAAGUCUUCUCUGUCCUUCGGCAUCCCGCCCCUGCAGACGUGGCCCGCGAAGUACCCGGAAGUAGAGUCCCAGGUCAACCUCUCCGUCUCGGAAGACCUCGGCUGUCGACGAGGGGAUUUCAGUCGGAAGCAUUAUGGAUCUGUGGAACUGCUCAUCUCCAGUGACGCAGAUGGAGCCAUCCAGAGGGCUGGAAGAUUCCGGGUGGAAAACGGCUCUUCAGAUGAGAAUGCAACUGCCCUGCCAGGCACUUGGCGAAGGACAGACGUGCACUUAGAGAACCCAGAGUACCACACCAGAUGGUAUUUCAAGUAUUUUUUAGGACAAGUCCAUCAGAAUUACAUUGGGAACGAUGCAGAGAAGAGCCCCUUCUUCUUAUCUGUGACUCUUUCGGACCAAAACAAUCAGCGCGUCCCUCAAUACCGGGCAAUUCUCUGGAGGAAGACGGGGACCCAGAAAAUAUGCCUUCCCUACAGCCCCACCAAGACGCUGUCGGUGAAAUCCAUCCUGAGCGCCAUGAAUCUGGACAAAUUUGAGAAAGGCCCCCGGGAAAUCUUUCAUCCCGAGAUACAAAAGGACUUGCUGGUUCUGGAGGAGCAAGAGGGCUCCGUGAAUUUCAAGUUUGGGGUGCUUUUUGCCAAAGACGGGCAGCUCACCGAUGAUGAGAUGUUCAGCAAUGAAAUCGGAAGCGACGCUUUCCAAAAGUUCUUACAUCUCCUGGGUGACACGAUCACUCUAAAGGGCUGGACAGGCUACCGCGGCGGUCUGGACACCAAAAAUGCCACCACAGGGACCCACUCAGUUUACACCGUGUUCCAGGGCCACGAGAUCAUGUUCCACGUCUCCACCAUGUUGCCAUACUCCAAAGAGAACAAACAGCAGGUGGAAAGGAAGCGCCACAUUGGGAACGACAUCGUGACCAUCGUGUUCCAGGAGGGGCCGGAGCCUUCCCCCGCCUUCAAGCCUUCCAUGAUCCGCUCCCACUUCACACAUAUUUUUGCCUUAGUGAGGUAUGAUCAGCAAAAUGACAAUUACAGGCUGAAAAUCUUCUCUGAAGAGAGCGUGCCCCUCUUCGGCCCGCCCUUGCCAUCUCCGCCGGUGUUUACAGACCACCAGGAAUUCAGGGACUUUUUGCUAGUGAAACUAAUUAAUGGUGAAAAAGCCACUCUGGAAACCCCAACCUUUGCCCAGAAGCGUCGGCGGACACUGGACAUGCUGAUUCGCUCUUUGCACCAGGACCUGAUGCCAGACUUGCAUAAGAACAUGCUGAACCGGCGGUCCUUCAGCGACGUCCUGCCCGAGUCCCCCAAGUCAGCACGGAAGAAAGAAGAGGCCCGCCAGGCAGAGUUCGUCAGAGUGGGCCAGGCCCUGAAGCUGAAGUCCAUCGUCAGAGGGGACGCACCGUCGAACCUGGCCGCCUCUGGCGUCUGUAAAAGAGAGCCUUGGGAACCUCAAUGCUUCUGCAGCGACUUCCCCCACGAGGCCGUGUGCGCCGACCCCUGGGGCUCUGCCCUGCUGGUCUCCACGGACGCGGGUGUCCUGCUAGUGGACGAUGGCCUUCCGUUCGUGCCGGUCUUUGACAAAACUCUGCCCGUGAAACAGAUGCACGUGCUGGAACCGCUGGACCUCCUGAUCCUCAGAGCCGACAAAGGGAAGGACGCGCGCCUCUUCGUCUUCAGGCUCAGUGCAGUGCAGAGGAGUCUGGAGAGCAAGCAGGGUCUGAGGAGCAAGUGUGACUGCCGGGAGAACAAGCUGGAGAAGACCAGGGGCUGCCACCUGUAUGCCAUCAACACCCACCACAGCCGGGAGCUGCGGAUCGUCGUGGCCAUCCGCAACAAACUGCUGCUCAUCACGCGGAAGCCCAGGCCGGGCGCCGGUGUCCUGCUGUCUCCGCCCCUGCCUGAGUCGCCCGUGGAAGAGUUCCAGUACAUCAGGGAGAUCUGCUUGUCCGACGCACCCGCCGUGAUGACGCUGGUGGACGGGCCGAGUGAGGAGAGCGACAACCUCAUCUGUGUGGCUUACCGGCACCAGUUCGACGUGGUGAACGAGAGCACCGGCGAGGCCUUCCGGCUGCACCACGUGGAGGCCAGCAGGGUUAAUUUCGUGGCCGCUAUUGACGUGUACGAAGACGGGGAGGCGGGGCUGCUGCUGUGCUACAACUACAGCUGCAUCUAUAAGAAGGUUUGUCCCUUGAAUGCCGGCUCUCUUCUGGUGCAGCCCUCGGCGUCCGAUUUCCAGUUCUGCUGGAACCAGGCUCCUUAUGCGAUCGUGUGUGCGUUCCCCUACCUCCUGGCCUUCACCCCCGACUCCAUGGAGAUCCGGCUGGUGGUGAACGGGAACCUGGUCCACACGGCCGUGGUGCCCCAGCUGCAGCUCCUGGCCUCCAGGUCGGACAUAUACUUCACAGCCACCUCAGCGGCCAAUGAGGUCUCGUCCGCAGGCAGCUCCAAGGGGACCAGCGCCCACAAUUCUCCCCAGACUCCCCCAGGCCGGGAUGCUCCCGUGUUUCCUUCUUCCCUGGGGGAAGGUGAAACUCAGUCCAGAAAUCUGUACAAGAUUCCUCUCCGCAACCUCGUGGGCAGGAGCAUCGAGCGGCCCCUGAAGUCGCCGUUGGUGACCAAGGUCAUCACCCCACCCACCUCCAUCGGCCUCGGCAUCGCCGCCAUUCCCGUCACACAUUCCUUAUCCCUGUCCCGCAUGGAGAUCAAGGAAAUCGCCAGCAGGACCCGCCGGGAGCUGCUAGGCCUCUCUGAGGAAGGUGGACCCCGACCAGAAGGUGCUCCCAAGGCCAAGUCCAAAGCCCGGAAGCGGUUGGAAGAAAGUCAAGGAGUCCCCAAGCCAGCGACCGUGAGGUCAACGAGCAGUGACAGGGUCGCUCCAGUCCCCUUGGAUAGUCCCCCUGCGGCCGAGGCCCCUCCCGAGGCCCUGGUCCUCGCAACAGGCUCCGAGCAGGAGCAGGGGGGCGGCGGGGUGGGCAGCCCAGGGUGGGGCGGGAGCCCCUUUCAGCUGGCCGCAGCCUCUGAGGAAGACACGAUUGACCUGAAGUGA